AUGGUAUUUUCGAUAUACGGGUCUAGUGGACCAAUUAAACAAUAUCAUACAGCUCAUUCAAGUCCAAUAAGAGGCAACUCCUUAGUCACUGAAAGCAUAUAUGGCAUAGAAUCUUCAUCAUCGAAUUUACCGCCUGUCAAAUUAACAAGCCCUGGCAGUAAUCAAGCCAAUAAAAUAUCGAAUCCAUUUAUUGACAGCAGUAAUAACACUUUUGAUGGUACACCUUUACCAAGAAAAGAUUUCAUUAGAAUAAUAAAUGAAAACUGUCUACCUCGAUUAUCAGGAUCAUUACCACCGACUCCAUCAAAAGUCAAAAGAGGUGGACAAUUAUAUCGAUCAGAUAGUUUACACGUAAUACAAAGUUCACCCCCAUCAAUAAAUAAAGCAGACAACAAUGAAACUGGUAUUGAAAUAGAAAAAGAUUUUUUAACUUUUGAUUAUGAAAAUCAAGAUGAUAUACUAAAAGCUGAAGAGGUUUACCGCAAUUUAUACGGAAUUAGUCCCAACGAGAGCACGAGUAGUUCGAAAAUGACAGGAAUAUCACUUUGUUCCCGUUCUCUUAUAGCUUACAAUUUAUUUGCAACACCAUGUCAGAAUAACACUAAAGAAUGUGGAGACUCAGAUGAUAACCUGCUACUACUGGAAAUCCUGAAUCAAAAGUUGAAGUCAAAACAGUCUCAAUCGUUGCUGAUAAUAAAACUUGACCCACAAAGUUUGAACCCACCAGAUAAGAAUGUAAAUGUAUCUAGUAAACCGUCGAGGUUAUCAAUUUGUAACAAUAGUUUUGUAUCUUCAUCUGCUAGUCUGGCAAAUACCGAUUCUGAUAACUACAAACACAGUCGAAUAAUAGAACCUCCAAAGACAAAAAGUUACCCAAGUUCACAAGACGGCAACUUUAUAGUAAAAUUGAAAUUACAAGCUGAUUCACUUGUAUCUAAACAGGAAACGACCAAUUAUAACAACAAGAAAUUAUCACCGCCCCCGUCAAUAGGAGCUUCAAGUUCAGAAGUCUCAUCAGAUAAUGAAUAUAUACCAGAAAAACGAGUAACAAGAAACAAUAAAAGAAAAUUUCGUCCAGUUGGUGUUUCAGUGUCACAGCAUGAAAAAAAACGCAAGUUAGGUGCUAGGUCUAAAACUGGUUGUUGGACGUGCAGAAUCCGACAUAAAGCGUGCCCAGAAGAGAAGCCUUCAUGUAGUCAGUGUAUUCGACUUCAAUUAGAUUGUGAUUAUUCCGACAAACGUCCUUCUUACAUGUCAGAUCCUAAUUUACAAAUCCAAAAACUAAAAGAAAUAAGAGCUAUCACGAAUCAAAACAAACGAGCCAAUUUUUUGAGUAGUAAGGGGAAAGCAGGAUUGAGAACUAGUAAUACUCAAUAA